UGCUGCUGCCGCGCUCUCGCUCGUCCGGGGGACUCCGGACACGCUCCCAGCGCCCGUCUCGGGCAAACUCUGGGUGGAUCGCAAGGUCGCCUAGCGCCAACUGGCAGCCACCCCUCAGCGCACUCACGCGCGCCGGCACCCAAGUGCUCCCACCGCCUCUCGUGCGCGCUCGCCCAGCCAGGGCGCAGGCACCGCUGGCGAGGGCGCCCCGCAGCCUUCCUAUGGCUGACCUGAGCUUCAUCGAGGAUUCCGUCGCCUUCCCCGAGAAGGAGGAGGACGAGGAGGAAGAAGAGGAGGGCGUAGAGUGGGGCUACGAGGAAGGUGUUGAGUGGGGUUUGGUGUUUCCUGAUGCUAAUGGGGAAUACCAGUCUCCUAUCAACCUGAAUUCAAGAGAAGCCAGGUAUGACCCCUCACUGCUGGAUGUCCGCCUCUCUCCAAACUAUGUGGUCUGUCGAGACUGUGAAGUCACCAACGAUGGACACACCAUUCAGGUUAUCCUGAAGUCAAAAUCAGUUCUGUCGGGAGGACCGUUGCCUCAGGGGCAUGAAUUUGAAUUGUAUGAAGUUAGAUUUCACUGGGGAAGAGAAAACCAGCGCGGUUCUGAGCACACGGUUAAUUUCAAAGCAUUUCCCAUGGAGCUCCAUCUGAUCCACUGGAACUCCACCCUGUUUGGGAGCAUCGACGAGGCCGUGGGGAAACCACAUGGCAUUGCCAUAAUCGCCUUGUUUGUUCAGAUAGGGAAGGAGCACGUAGGCCUGAAGGCUGUGACCGAGAUCCUUCAAGAUAUUCAGUACAAGGGAAAAUCCAAAACAAUACCUUGCUUUAAUCCUAACACUUUACUACCAGAUCCUCUGCUGCGGGAUUACUGGGUAUAUGAAGGCUCUCUUACUAUCCCACCUUGCAGUGAAGGUGUUACGUGGAUUUUAUUCCGAUAUCCUUUAACCAUAUCACAGCUACAGAUAGAAGAAUUUCGAAGGCUGCGGACUCAUGUUAAAGGUGCAGAACUUGUGGAAGGCUGUGAUGGGAUUUUGGGAGACAAUUUUCGACCCACUCAGCCACUUAGUGACAGAGUCAUUAGAGCCGCAUUUCAGUAGCCAGAGAGAAGAGGAAAAAGUCCAUCUUCAUCAGGGAGGAAGACAAUGGUUGUACAGUGCCCAUGGAUGAGAAAUGGAAACUUCUGAGCCCCAGCUUCAGUUAUCCUCAAAGCUUGCCUUGUUUGUCUUCAUCUAGUCCCGUUCUGAUGGACAUCUGGGACAGUUGCCUGUACACAUGCUAUAUUGAAGUAUUAGAAGAUAAAGAAAACCUCUAUUAUAUACCCAGCAUCACUGCUGCUAGUAUUCAUAUUUUUGCAUAUACUGUUUAUUGCUUAUGUGUAGAAGGAAUGAAGCUAGUUUUGAGUUGUUAUUAGUGUGAAAAUGUAUUAUGUAUUAGUAGUGAGACAGGAAAAAUACAUCCCCACCAUUAGUAGUCCUUCAUUUCCUGUCUUCAACAGAAAAAAUUUUCAUUUGGACAAUAGUAUAAUUCUUGAUAAUAAAAUCAGAGAUUGCUUUUGAUCAAGAACAUAGAGCUGUAACUGCAAUGUGAAAGAUUAGUAAGAAUCAUGACUCAUGCUAUUUUUCAGCACCCUUACCAGAAUUCAUAUCAGGCUGCUGUAUCAUGAAAAACAUUUUGAGAGUAAAUGCAACAAUAUAAUACCUUAUAUAUUAUUUAGUUAAAGGAUUUAAUUGAAUCCAUGUUUAUUUGACAGAUUUGAAGCUGUUGCUUCUAGGAAUCUGAAAAAAGUAUAAGAAAUAAAAUAGGAUAAAAAGAAGGUAGGUACAACAUACCAGGAAUAGCUUUAUUUUCCACAAAUAGAAAUAUGAAUUUAAUAGUAUGCUAUGUUAAUUUAGUGUACAGUUUUUAAGACUAAAAUAUUUUAUUCUAUGUAUUUCACUUCUGUAGUAUGCUAAGACAUUUAUUUUAAAUAUGACCAACGAUACCCUUAUUUUAAGUUACAAGAAAAUUUAAGCACAUAUUUAGUUGGAGUUGACAGAAUGAGAUAAUUUACGUAAAGCAGUAGAGUGCCUGACACAACACAAGUACUUAAUAAAUGUUGUUUGUUGUUGUUAUGACUGUUGUUAUAAAACAAAUGACUCCAAUAAUGAAGUCCCAAUUUGGAGAAAUUUUUUGAUGCAAAAUAUCUAAGCAAUAAUACAGUCAUGAAGUAACUAUGCCUUCAGGGGUUUUAGAUAUAUUGGGUAAAGGUAGUGCUAAUGGAAGCCUUAAAUACAAGUACAAAUCACAACAGAUAUCUUUGAAAACAGAAGCAAAGAAGGUUCAUCGUGUAGUCUUGGGUAGUGAGAUAAAGGACUUGAACUGUGGCAGAGUGAAGAAAGUGGGCUCUUGUGAAGAGUUGGAAUCAGUCAGUGGCCUAUGACUACUGUAGAGCAGUGUCUCUGGAGGCAGAGAGAGAAAACUUAGAUGCUUCCUUUUUGUAGUUUCUAUUAUGCAUCAGUGAGGAGAUGGCUGAACAUUGUUACAAAGCUGGUGGCUUAAACAUUUACAUCUCACAAGGCCUGUACUUCUACCACACAGGUGGCCAAACAUAGGCUGCAGGUGUAGCUACACAUGUAGUUAACAUCAAAAGAGCAGAGCUAAAGUCUUUCAUGGUGUUGUCAGUGCAAUGACUCUCCCAUCACUCUUUUGGUAGAUCAUUGUGUUCUGGUCCUGGAACAAGUCCAUGCACAGGCAUCUGCCUCUACUUCUGGUUGAACAGCCAGGUACUGUUCUUGGACUUCAGAUGCUUCCUGCAAUCUCCUACUAUCUCUCCCUAAAGUAAGCUAAGCAAACUUUACAACAGAAGCAAAUUCAAAUGACUUUCAGGAUAAUAGUCAGGUUCCUAUAUUUCACUCUCCAAAAUAUGUCCAUGAUUUUUUUUAUUACUCAAGCAAUCAAAUUUAUUUACUCUAUUUUUUAAAUCAUAAGUCUGAAAUAAACUGCAAGAUUCAGA